CACUAGGAGAGUGGCCAGUCCUGGGCCUCAGGAGGCUGUUGAGAGGCGGGGUGGGGAUGGGGCAGUAGCGAGGAGUGGGAAGGGCCGGGCAGUGGGUCUGUGCCUUGGGCUGCCUUCCCAUCAGGGUGCAGCCCCUGCUCUGGGGGACGGUGCAGUUAUUAGCCCGCAGGAGCGCAGCUCAGAGGUGACCUCUUGUCACUCUGCCCCCUUCCCAGCACCCGCCGGCCUGAGCCAUGGGUCCAGGCGACUCUUGUGCAGGGUGGCUGAUGCAGGCUCCCUGUAGGCGGGGUGGCGACUUCUCGCUGAGUGAAGAUACACAGCAACAAAUUAUCAGAGAAACUUUCCAUUUGGUAUCCAAACGUGAUGAAAAUGUUUGUAAUUUCCUGGAAGGAGGCUUACUAAUAGGUGGAUCUGAUAACAAACUAAUCUACCGACACUAUGCUACGUUGUACUUUGUCUUCUGUGUGGAUUCUUCAGAAAGUGAACUUGGCAUUUUAGACCUAAUACAAGUAUUCGUGGAAACACUAGACAAAUGUUUUGAAAAUGUCUGUGAACUGGAUUUAAUUUUCCAUGUAGACAAGGUCCAUAAUAUUCUGGCUGAGAUGGUCAUGGGUGGAAUGGUUUUGGAGACCAACAUGAAUGAAAUUGUCACUCAAAUUGAUGCACAAAAUAAACUGGAGAAAUCUGAGGCUGGUUUAGCAGGAGCCCCAGCCCGGGCUGUGUCAGCUGUAAAGAAUAUGAAUCUUCCAGAGAUCCCAAGAAAUAUUAAUAUUGGUGACAUCAGUAUAAAAGUGCCAAACCUGCCCUCUUUUAAAUAAAAUGGCUACUACAGGUAAAAUCAAGGAAAAAUGUAAUUGAGGUUUACCAAACAAAGACAUUUCUAACUUUUGCUAUUUGGAUAAAAAGUAAAGGUACUUCAUAGAAAUUCUGUGUCAAAAUCAGUAUGUGAAGUUGAAUGUUGCUUUUGUCUUGCGCAAUGAUUUUAAAGGAAAUGGGUAGUUCCUGUGUGAUUUUCUAAAUUCCAUUCCUAUGCCCUUGUAAGGCAUAUCACUGUCUUGGCUGCUGCAGUAUUUUGGAAAAGUAUUUAAGAUAUUCUUUACUUUAUAUAACCUAUAAUAUUGAGUCUUUUUGUAUAUCCACUAAGGUCUGUGAUUAGUGCAGCAUUCCUUAUCUACUUCUGCUGUUUGUCAUGAUUAUUUAAGAUCAGAGUGUGUAUGUUGCAUGAAAACAUUAAACUGUCUUUUGUUUUUGUUUAAAUAAAGUUAUAAUUAACUGG